AUGGCAACAAGAGAUGGGAUGUCAUAUGUGGAGAAGGAACAGUCCGGUUUGGCUGAGUAUUGCCCUGACCCCUUACUGUGGGCCAGUUAUACUUUAAAAGCCACCCAGGAGAAGGAUCUAGCAUUGAAGACAGAGAAGUCUCACAUCACUGAAGCAACCCUCCAGGAAGUUCGUAUUUAUUUAGUUUGCUCAAUGUCACAGCCAGCAUCUACAUUUCAGUGCCAAAAACUAACUUCGGGAGUUAAAUUUUCAGACUGUGCUGGAAAGCUGAAAGUCCUUAACCAUACCUCUCACAACCAAUCAAGAAAAUGGCACAGAAAUGGCAUCAAGAAUCCUAGGUCACAGAGAUAUGAGUCUCUGAAAGGGGUUGACCCCAAGUUUCUGAGAAACAUGCGCUUUGCCAAGAAACACAACAAGAAGGGGCGGAAGAAGAUGCAGGCCAACAACGCCAAAGCCAUCAAGGCCAGAGCAGAGGCCAUCAAGGCCCUGAGCACCAAGGCCUCCAAGGCCAAGCUCCUCAGGCCCAAGAUUCCCAAGGCCAGUGGCUGGCGUGCUGGCCACAAGAUGGCCAGCAAGCGUCCAGGCCCUAGGGUUGGCAUCAAAUGUCCAGGCUCCAGGAUCACAAAGCCUGACUCUAAGAUUGCCAGAACCACUGACCCCAAGGCUGCCAAGCCCACUGACCCCAAGGCCGCCAAGUCCGCUGACCCCAAGGCUGCCAUGCCCACUGAGCCCAAAGCCACCAGGUCUGCCACCAAGGUCAGUAAGUCUGAUCCCAAGGCUACCAAAUCUGGCCCCAAGGCCACCAAAUCUGAUGCUAAGGCCUCCAAGUCUGGUCCCAAGGUGGCCAAGUCUGAUUCUAAGGCCCUGAAGCCCAGUGAUUCCAAGGCUGCUAAGCCUACUGACCCCAAGGCCGCUGAGUCCAAACCCAAAGAUGCUGGGGCUAAAGCCGCUAGUCCCAAGCCUUCAAAGUAG